AUGGGCAAGACACCUCUGAUGCACGUGCUGAUGAUGGCCCUCUCGAGGUUCCACAUUAAGGACCAGGGUGCCCGCGACACCGACGUUGUUCCCAUGUUCAAGACGGCGACGGACCUCGACUUUUACCGCGACGAGCCAGGCGAGCGCUGGUGCGGCUGCUGCCUCGACGACGGCGACAUGUCGGACCUGUCCGUGAAGGUGUUCAAAAGCUUCUUGGACGUCAGCUGCAGGGAGCCCCUCACCCGUGAGAGGUGGGGCGCCAGUAAGUUCGUGCAGUGCCAACCCAGGAUGAUGGUCGAUAACAAGUUCGACGCCAGCCUCGACCCAACGGUCACGCUCGACGGCAGGCAGGUCAGGGCAGGGGCUGUCCUAGGGGGCGCAGCGGACCGCAUCACGAACGAGGCCUUCAUCAAAAUGGUGAGGCCCGCUUUCCCCCCGUGUUCUGAGGCGGACCUGGGGGCCAUCUUCAAGCGUGCCAAUGUGAUCGUGAACACCGAGCACUACGUCCACGUCCCGCCUCGGGGCUUGCACGCGUCCUCCACGAUCGUCACGCACAAGAACGAGGGCUCCUGCAUCACCCAGAAAGCGAAGGACGUCCUUGAGGCCUACACCGAACGCGGUAUACUUCGCGACUCUGCCGAGCUGGACGCGCUGGUGAGCGAGGAGCAGCAUCUCUUCAGCAGUAUCUUCACCGACCCAGAGGUCCACCGCGUGCAGGUGAAGCGCGAGCAGGACGAGGAUUUCUUCACGAUGAACUCCGAACUCGCCGACCAGACGAAAAGGAACCCCAUUGGCGUGGACGCGACGGACGAGCCUCCUUCCAAGAGGUCCAGGGUGGGCGACGGCGCUUCCUCGUGCGCGGCCAUCCUCAUCGAGAACGACGUCUUCCUGGAGCGGUCGGCGGCCCUCGCCGCGAGCAAGGAGUGCAUCGAGGUGCCCGACGUGGACAGCGAGGAGCAUGCGAUUUCUGUCGACGAUUGCGAGGAGGCCCCGAUUUCCAUGGAUGACCUGCACGAGGCAUUCAUGAGGGACGCGAACGCCGCGAGGGCGGACGCCGACGAAGACGAGCAAGCGUUCGCAGGCGAGGAGGAGGAGGACGCGUUCGGGUUCGGCGGCAGCAUGGACUCGGCGAAGCGCUGCGCUUGCUGCGGCAAGACGGGGCACACCGUGGCCACGUGCAAGGCGACGGGCGCGAAGAAGAUUCGAGAGUUACUUGCUGUCUUGAAGCUGCGGGCAGGACAGAGGAGGACCAAGCCGCGCAUGGGCGUUCGGACGACGGGCGCCGCAGCUGUGAAGAAGCGGCGCAAGGCGCACACCCCGAACCCUGCAGCGAGCACCAAGCAGGCUGCGAAGAGGAAGGUGACCAACCAGCUGGUUCGCGGGGCGAGCGGGCGCAAGGAGCUCUUCAUCAAGAACGACGCCGUCGCGCUGGACAGCGCCGUACGCCAGCUGAAGGACUGUGGCAUCUUCAAGAUUCCGAAGAAGUGCCCGUGCUGUGGGGUGGCAUUGUCAGCGCACCUGCACCAGCAGCGCAUCGGGGGCUCGGGGCGCGCGUUCUACCGGUGCAACGCGUGGAGCUGCAACAGGCGCUUCUACGUCAUGCAGCUGACGCCUUUCAAGCAGAUGCGGCUGCUGCCGCAGCAGGCGCUGGCGCUGCUGAAGGAGUACUCCCGCCAUGACCGCAUCGCCCCGCCUGGCCCCAGCGCCCUCGCGGCCCACGCGGGGUGCGGCAAGUUCAUUGCCCGGCGGUUCGCGAAGAUGUGUCGCGACGCAGAGGCGGGGCAGGGCCAGCUGCUGAAUCGGAGAGGCACGAUCGGGGGCGACGUGGAGUUGGACGCCCACCAGGUCGCGAAGAUCCACGUGUCGCCGAAGAACGAGUCUUACCAGCACCUGAUUCAGGACAAAUACGUCAGGAAGCCCCCGAGCUACUUCCAGCUGUACGUGCAAGUCGCUGGCGCGAUCCAGCGGGGCAUGGGCAAGCUAUACCUGUCUUUCCUGCCGUUCCACAAGCUUGUCCCGCCGAGGGCGCGCCCGCCUCCCGAGUCGUACCAGGGCGUCUUGGCGACUUCCCUGCUCGACAGAAUCGCCCCGAAGUCCAACGUCCACGCCGACGGCAACAAGGCGUGGCCCAAACUCGCGUCCACCAAGUACAGGGAGAAGAAGUUCAGGGUGCACCAGGUGUCGCACAAGAACAACCAGUUCACCAAGGCCGUGCGCGGGGGGAGCCGCAAUGCUAAGAAAUUGGCCACGCUGGCGGGCACGCAGUGCAUCGACAGGGCCUGGCGUGAGCUCGACAAGGCGAUCCCCAUCACGCACGCGAAGAAGCGCUCGGUCAAGGGCUCGGUGCACCGCGUGCUUGACGAGGACAUUCGCGACCGCGUUUGGUCGUGGCUGUAUCGGUACAACAAGCGCCACUCGGAGACGACGUCUGAGGGCGCGCUCAAGUCAUUGGCCAAGCUGCUGGGCCGCUGA